AUUUGGAAAAGAAGAGCCCAAAAAGAGUGUGAAGUAAUGUGACAAAUGAUCAUUGUUAGUUCACACUGCAUUUUUCUCAUGAUAGGAAGUGUAAACUGAACCCUGAAGUAAUGUGGACAAACAGCAACCACAACAUUUCUAGGCUCAAACGUAUACGCCCAGGGCAUGCUUGUGUGACUCUGAGUGCCACAUUGACAUUCUUUUUGAUAUAUCACUCUGAAGAAACUUGCCUACAGUCGCUCUAUCUGGUGGAAGCAAAAGAUAAUAACUACAUCCACUGUGACGAGUUCAUCUAAACCUGUAAUGAUGGCAGAUCAUGGUGAACCUUGCACUGGGUCAGAUGCAUCCUAUUGCAUGAAUGGAGGAAAAUGCUUUAAAAUACCCUCAAUGUCCACACUCACCUGUUUAUGCAAUAACAACUAUGUAGGCAGCAGGUGUGAGCAAUUCCAACUGGAGAGCACAUCAGACAACAGCUUUAACACAGGCAUGAUCGUUGCUAUCGUCAUCCUCCUCAUCCUCAUCCUGUUGGUGCUGGCUGUGAUCAUCUACUACAUCUGCAAAGUGCAAAGGAAAGCAUCAAGAAAUACAAGGGCCAUACCAUGAUCCCAACAUUGAGCAGUAUAAAUGAUCUCAUUGAAGGAUAUAAAUCGACUUCUGAGGCAUAUCUUAAUACUUUCUUAAUAUUUAAAGUGACACAUGUAAAUAGUUAUUUUCAAAUAUUUUUUUUUUUCAAAAAGAAUUUAACAUAUUAAUCUCUUCAGACUAAAGAUUAUAUUCCAGAUAAGGAAAUAUUAUAAUAAUGUAAUACAUUUCAAAUAAAGUUAUUACUCUCGUCAGUUUGAACCUACUGGCAACAUAAACUUUAAGGAAAAUGUCUU